AUGAAUCGUUUAUUAACUGUAUUAUUUGUUGUCAUCGGAUUUAUUUAUACUUUUGAAAGUCAAGCACUAGCAUCAAAUGAUAAAACAUGUAAACCUCUUAAUUGUGGAGGAAAAAUAAAGACAUGUCCAUAUGGUUAUCACAAACAAGAUGGCUGUGAAAUAUGCAAAUGUUAUGAUCCAUGUAAUCCACCUGGAAAGCCGAUUCUUUGUGGACCGAAUAAACGAUGUUUUGUUGAUAAAUUAUCUAAUGGAACAUUUGUAGGUCGUUGUGGUUUACCUAAAUCGAAAAGAAAUACAAGUAUUUGUGAAGAAGAAAAAGUUGUUGGAUUAUGUAAAGCUGCAUUUCCACGAUUUUAUUAUAAUUCCACAAUUAAAACUUGUGAACAUUUUAUCUAUGGAGGAUGUGGUGCUAAUAAUAAUAAUUUUGAUACAAAAGAAAAAUGUGAAACUGCUUGUUCUCAAACUUAA